AUGAAUAAUACAGACAGCACAUCAUUCCAAAGUAUUCUUGCUGGCGUUGAGAGGCUGAGAAAACAGAAAGAGGGUGCUGCUGAUAAGGACAGGAACAACGACCUAGUAACUAAGGAUAAAGAUACAAAUUUUAGUGAGAGGAAGCAGACGGCCCAUGUACAAGAUGCUAAUAAAGUACCCCCCAGAAAUAAAAAUGUCAUUAAUGCAUUUAAUCAACAAAGAUAUGAUGAUGAUUCAACAAAGCCUGAAGAGAAUGGGAAAAAGCGGCCAUUUAUAACUACACAAUCGGGUUCCACUAACGUAGGAAAGACAGUAUUGGUAAGUACAACGCAGAAAGAGAAUCCGCUAUUGAAUCACUUGAAGAACACUAAUUGGAGAUAUAGUAAGCCACAACCUGGACAAAAAAUCUAUUAUGAUUAUAAAGUCAAGAAUAGGUCAAUAUUAUUCUUGACUUUGUCUUACCAUAAGUUGUAUGUUGAUUACAUUGAAAGAAGAAUGUUACCGCUCAAACAGAAUAAUGAUAAUAUUCUCAUCUUUGUAGUAGAUGACACAAACUCAGAGGAGAUAUUGACCACAAUAACUAAGAUUUGUUUAUUCAACGGAUUCACAUUACUACUUGCAUUCAAUUUCCAGCAGGCUGCCAAGUAUUUGGAGGGACUUAACUCAUUUUAA